GGCCCGGCGCAUGCGCGCAGCUCCUGCCCUUUGCCCGGUUGCCGUGCGGCGCUGUGUGGGUGCACCAUGUCGGCCCGGCUGCGCUUUGACGGGCGUGUCGUGCUGGUGACCGGCGGGGGCGGAGGACUAGGGAGAGCCUAUGCUCUGGCUUUUGCUGAAAGAGGAGCUUCUGUAGUGGUGAAUGAUCUGGGAGGUGACUUCAAAGGACAUGGCAAAAGCUCCUCAGCUGCUGACAAAGUAGUUGAAGAAAUAAGAGCAAAAGGAGGGAAAGCAGUAGCAAACUACGAUUCAGUGGAAGCUGGAGAGAAGCUUGUGAAGAAAGCACUAGAAGCUUUUGGGAGAAUAGAUAUUGUUAUAAACAAUGCAGGGAUUCUGAGAGACCGUUCAUUUGCUAGAAUAAGUGAUGAAGAUUGGGAUAUAAUUCACAGAGUUCACUUGAAGGGAUCAUUCCUGGUCACUCGAGCUGCAUGGAAUCAUAUGAAAAAUCAGAAGUUUGGCAGAAUAAUUAUGACAUCUUCAGCUGCUGGAAUUUAUGGCAACUUUGGUCAGGCGAACUACAGUGCUGCCAAACUUGGCCUUCUGGGUCUUGCAAAUACGCUUGCAGUUGAAGGCAGAAAAUACAACAUUCACUGUAACACAAUUGCACCUACUGCUGGCUCAAGGAUGACUCAGACAAUUAUGCCACCAGAUAUGUUGGAUGCUUUCAAACCAGAGUACGUCUCUCCUUUAGUCCUGUGGCUUUGCCAUGAGAGCUGUCAGGAGAAUGGAAGCCUGUUUGAGGUAGGAGCUGGAUGGAUUGGGAAAUUACGCUGGGAGCGAGCUCAGGGUGCCAUCGUCCGAGAGAAGACUCUUCCAAUGACUCCAGAGGCUGUACAAGAUAAAUGGGGGAAGAUCUGUGACUUUGAUAAUGCCAGCAAGCCCCGGACCAUCCAAGAAUCAGUAAGCUUACUGAAUGAUGUUCUGAGUCAAAUAGAGUCUGAAGAAGGAGUGUCAGUGAAUUCCACAAGCUCCACUGGAUCUGUGGCCAUUCCAAGCAUUGACCAUACCAAAUAUGUUGGCUACAAGUUGCCUCCUUUGAUGUAUAAGUAUACUCACUUGGAACCUAUUUUGUAUGCUCUUGGUGUGGGAAUGUCAACCAAGGAUCCAGAUCAUCUCAAGUUUCUGUUUGAGGGGAAUGAAGAGUUUUGCUGCUUACCCAGCUUUGGAGUUAUCCCAGCGCAGGCUUCUAUGUUGGAUGGUGGACUGACUUCUGUUCCAGGACUUAAUAUUGAUUUUACAAAGCUUCUACAUGGUGAGCAAUAUCUGGAGGUGUAUAAACCUUUUCCAACCUCAGGAGAGUUAACUUCAGAAAUGACUAUUGCUGAUUUUCUUGACAAAGGCUCAGGAGCUGUCAUUCUGUUAGAUGUUUAUACCUACUGUGGAAAGGAUCUAUUGUGCUAUAACCAGUUCUCGUUGUUUGUUGUUGGAGCUGGAGGUUUUGGGGGAAAACAAACAUCUGAAAAGGCCAAGGUAACUGUGAACCCACCUAACCGACCACCUGAUGCUGUUUUUUCUGAUGUCACAACAGUUGAUCAGGCUGCUUUGUAUCGACUCAGUGGGGACUGGAAUCCUUUACACAUUGACCCAAGUUUUGCUGCUCUUGGAGGAUUUCAGAAGCCCAUAUUGCAUGGACUGUGUUCUUUUGGGUUUGCUACCAGACAUGUUUUGAAGCACUUUGCAAAUAAUGAUGUCACUAAAUUCAAGGCGGUUAAGGUCCGUUUUGCAAAACCAGUCAUUCCAGGACAAACUCUUCAGACAGAGAUGUGGAAGGAGGGAAACAGAAUUCACUUUCAGAGCAAGGUGAAAGAAACUGGACAAGUUGCCAUUUCAGGAGCAUAUGUGGAUCUAAUAUCAGCCUUUGAUAAACCUUCAACUCAGAAAGCCAUGAAGGCUGCAGAGUUGCAGAGUGACCUUGUGUUUGAAGAAAUUAGACGUCGCAUCAAAGAGGUUGGAAAUCAACUGGUAAAGAAAGUAAAUGCUGUAUUUCAGUGGGACAUCACUAAAGGUGGAAAGACUGCAGUGCAGUGGACUAUUGACUUGAAAAAUGGUUCUGGAACAGUAUAUCAAGGCCCUGCACAGGGUUCUGCUGAUACCAUCUUUACUCUCUCUGAUGAAGACUUCAUGGAGGUGGUCAAAGGCAAUUUAAAUCCACAAAAGGCAUUCUUUUCUGGUAAACUCAGACUGAAAGGUAAUAUUAUGCUGAGCCAGAAGCUGGAGAUGAUUCUCAAAGAUUAUGCCAAACUCUGAAUUGUUUGAGGGCCUCCUACAGUAGUCGCCUUAGAAGAGCAAGAACGGCUGUCAUCUCAGAAACAGAGUUUGAAACUUUCUGGAGCAUUAUGCAGAUUUCUUACUAUGUUCUGAUUCACUUUACUGCUAAUAUAAAAGUUGAUUUGAUUGUUGCAGGGGCAAAAAAUGAUGAAUCUAACUAGUAUCUUCUGUUCCUCAGUAAAAGUAAAGAAUCAUAUUUCUGUCAUAUCAUAACUUUAUCUAAAUAAAACUGAUGUAGUUCGUACAGAA